ACUCAGAUUGCAUCUGUCAUCAUGGCGCAGCGUAGCGCGCGCGAAGCGAUAUUUAUGCGGGGCGUAUACGAACACGAACGUGUAGUCGCGCAAAAUUAACGUGUUUUGACUUCGCCCGAGAGCGAAACGGGGAGACUGUGUUGUGUCAGCAUGGACAAGCAGCCGUAUAAAUUGAGCAGCGUGCUGCUCGGUCAUACCGGGGAUGUGAGAGCGGUGGCGACCUUCACCGACGGUACAGUCGUGUCGGUCUCCCGGGACAAGACCGCGCGCGUAUGGAAACCGACCGGGAAGGAUAACGAGUAUGAACAAAGCGCAAUAUUGACAGGUCACUCUAAUUUUGUCAGUUCAGUUUGCGUUAUAAACCCAUUGGAAGAAAAUUCCAAAGGUUAUAUCAUUACCGGUAGCAAUGACAGUACCAUAUGUGUCUACAUGGCGGAUCAAACAGUACCUGUGCAUACAUUAACGGCACAUCAGAAUACUGUGUGCAAUUUGAGGACUGGCAAGAAGGACAAUACGUUUCUUUCGAGUUCCUGGGAUCUCACUGCUAAAUUAUGGGACAUAAGAGAUUUGAAUAAACCACAAUUGAAUCUCACAGGUCAUACUGCCGCGGUAUGGUGUGUGGCAGAUUUAUCAAGUGGCAGUAUAGUGACUGGAUCAGCUGAUAAAUUGGUAAUAGUGUGGGCAAGAGAUGGCUCAGUACAGCAUAAAUUAACAGGACACACAGACUGUAUUCGUGAUAUAGUUGAUAUAAAAGAAGAUGAGUUCCUAACUUGUGCCAAUGAUGCUACUAUAAGGCAUUGGAACGCAAAACUUGGAACUUGUUUAGGUACUUAUUGCGGGCAUGAGAAUUAUAUCUAUAGCAUAGCAGCCAUUCCAAAUGGUACAUAUGUUUAUUCGUCUGGAGAAGACAGAACUAUCAGAGUAUGGUACAAUGCAGAAUUGAGUCAAACCAUUGUUCUGCCGACGCAAUCGAUAUGGUGUAUUGAGUUGUUCUCAAACGGUGAUAUAGUCGCCGGAAGUUCCGAUGGUGCAGUUAGGAUAUUCUCGUCCGAUCCCGAACGAUACGCGAAUUCGGAGACAUUGCAAGCAUUUGAGAAGGAAGUGGCAAGUACUACUCUGAAUGCAGAGCAAGUAAUUGGAGACAUCAACGUAAAAGAUUUACCAGACUCAAAAGUUCUUCUACAACCCGGUCAACGAGAUGGUCAAACAAAGAUUGUAAAUGAAGGGGAUGCGGUUAGAGCGUAUAAUUGGUCGCAAAGUGAACAACGAUGGAUAAAAAUUGGCGAUGUGAUGGGAGCAUCCGGCAGUACCGCGGCUACGUCCGGAAAACAACUCUAUAAUGGCAUAGAAUAUGAUUAUGUUUUUUCAGUUGAUAUACAAGAUGGCGUGCCACCUUUGAAACUUCCAUAUAACAAAGGUGAAGAUCCUUGGCACGUUGCACAGAAGUUCCUUCAUGACAAUAAUCUUAGUCAAUUAUUUUUAGAUCAGGUUGCAAAUUUUAUAGUAAAAAAUUCUGAGCCAGCUCCAAUUUUGUCUACUGGAUCUCAAUAUGUAGAUCCUUUUACAGGAGGAAACAGAUAUGUUCCUGGAUCAGGAACAUCGUCCAGUACAUCCGAUGUUACUGUGCAACCUACGAUAUUUAAUUCUUCCAACACAUCUGCACCACCUUCCUAUAUACCUCACUUGAGAUAUUUAAAGUUAGAACAAGCAAAUAUAUCUGCCAUUUUCGAAAAGUUAAACGAGUUAAACGUUAAACAAGAAAGUAUAUAUAAAAUACCAAAGGAGAAAUUAGACACGAUAGGAAAACUCGUAAACGGUCAAGUAUCCGAAGAAGUUAAGGCCAGUGCUAUCAGUGCGCUGAAGAAUCUUCUAGAUUGGCCGAAUGAUACAGUGUUCCCAGCGCUAGAUAUAGCGAGACUUGCUGUGCUUCAUAAGGAAAUAAACGAUCAAUUGUGUACAGAGGAACUGCUACCUGUCAUAGAAAGGCAUAUUAAACCUGAUGCAACUCCGUCGAAUCAAAUGCUCACUUUCCGACUAAUAGCCAAUAUGUUCCAACACGAAAAGGGAGAAAAACUUUGUCUUGAUCAUCGGGAUGAGAUAUUGAAAUCUCUGCUGGAUCUGCAAUCUUUCGGAAAUAAAAAUAAUCAAGUCGCAAUAUCGACGUACAUCUUAAAUCUGAUUGUAGCAUUAAAUAAGUAUAAUGAUAUGCCUGCUAGAACGAGAGCACUAAAUGUAUUAUUUGCCGUGUUACCCCGUUUGAAUGAGCCUGAAGCAAUAUUCAGAGCUUUAGUUGGACUGGGAACGUUAUUAAUCGCUACACCAGAUCCUGACGAUCGUAACGAACUAAUUAGCGCUGUGCGACAAUCAGAAACUGCUUUGAGCGUUCUUAGAACUCUGUCGGAAAGCGGAACCGAUUUCAAUACGACAAACAAAUUGGUAAACUGUUCCAAGCAAAUUAUUGAUUUGAUUAUUUAAUGUGCUUAUGAAUAGUUGGAACAGGCUAUUUAUACAACUGUUAUGAAAAUAAGCUUUAUUAAAUGGAAGAAGAGAUUAAAAAGAUUAUAUAAUAAUUAAUGCAAAUGAUUACUACAAAACAAAAACAAAAAAAUUUAAGAUGUACUAAUAUAUAAUUUUAGUAAACGCAAUUAAAAGUGCGAAGUAAAAGUAAGUUUGUGCACAUAUAUGUAUGUUUUGUAGUUUGGUUAUUCAAUCCACAAAAUAUAAUAAAACAAAUAAAAAUACAUUUUUUCAUAUGAUUAACACACAUUUAAUUAUUUAAAUAUAUACUGUGCCCUUUCAUGUAACUGUAGACUGUACUUAAAAAAGAUGCGUUUACUGAUUUAUAAUAAUUAACACAAGACAAUUAUAUUUCAUGUUUGCAAAAAAUACAAAGAUAUAUUUAAGUAUAUAAUAUUACACGUGACUUUUAAAAUUGUUCUACAUAUAUUUCUAAACAUCUUUUUAGAAAAUCUAUAGUAAUUUAUUAAUACAAUUAAAAUUGUAAAUGCUAUAUUAACAAUUUAUUUGUCUUUAAUUUGAUAUUAUUGAUUAAGAUAAAAUAACAUUUUUUGCAAAUAUUAUUCAAUGUUCAAUAUUUGACUGUUCUGAGAAACGGAUCGUGUUUAGUGCUCCUUCAUAUACUUUUUAAUUUUAUUCCAUCUAUAUAUAAGCAUAAAUAUUUUUUAAUAAACAAACAUCAAAAUGUUAUCAGUAAUAAAAUUAAAAGAAAUCAAUUUUCUUACAUAUUCCAGAUUUUAUAAUUGAUUUUAUAUUGAAAAUACAAUAUUAAGAAUUAACAUGAUUGCAUUAUACGAAUAAAAAUUAAAAUUGUUACACAUGGAAAUAAUGAAAACUAAAUUAAUUAUUAAUAUUACCAUAUGGCAGAUACAAUGUGCGUGUAACGCAUAUAUUUCAUUUUACAUUAUCAAAUAAACUCGGAAAAUAAGAAACGAAAAUUACAUGCAUGGAAUGUAGAUGACCUACUUAAAUGACAAUUGAUUAUUUGCAGUUCAGGUAAGAUAAGUUGUAUUUCUAUAAUGAAAAUUAGUUAAAAUAUAUAUACAACGACGAAUAUAAAAUAAUAAUUUAUAUAUAUAAUAUACAUAAUAUUUGAUUAAAUUUUUCGGGCAUAUCGCGCGCCCAGUAAACAUACAACAGACAACAGUGUAAUAGUAGAAUAUGGUUAUUACAUUAACGUCAAAUAUAUAUUUCCUUAAUUGUAUAUCAAUUUACUCCUGCAGUAGCCAAGAGCUAUUAAUUACCGUAACUCUUGUAGUUAAUUAUUACACGAAAAAAAUAACAUUCACUUGUAUACACUCAUAUUAACUUCAAUUAUGCUUAAUGAACAGUACAUGUAGUAAUACAUGAAAAGGUAGUUAUAGUGUCACAGGCCAUUCUGGCUUGUUAUGGGAAUGUGAAUGCAUUUCUUCUUUUAUCGUUUUCUUUACAAAAAUAACUUUUAAUAUAUAUCUGAGAUCUGUGAGAUAAUAGAAACAGUGCUGAUUCUCGUACAAUUCAGAAUCCAAUAUAGCGCACGAGUUAUUACGCAAUGUACAGCUGGAUGCGUUUACAUAUGAAUGCACAGGCCCAAAAAUGUGUUCUCGUGUAGAAAAUUAUCUAUAUAAAAAAUCCGAGGAGGGCUAAUAUUGCUCUGAUGCCAGCAGAAAUGUAAUGUGCAGGAACCAUUAUCUUUCAGAUUUCUAUGUAUAUAGUAAUGACGACGGAUUCUGAUUGACAACAAAAUUGAUUACCGAUUAUUUGAAGGCGUUACUUUAAUCUUUAAUAGUAAAAUAGUAAAA